AUGGCUGAAGAUCCGCCACGUAACGAAGGUGCCGGUAUGAGGCCAUGUCAUAACAGUCCACGAAGGCUUGCUCAUCUUGCAAGACCUCCCAGAGGUGCAAGACAGACGGAGAUGAAAACCGGUCUCUUGCAACUGUUAUAUGCUAACCCUUUUACAGGUUUAUCACAUGAAGAUCCAUACAAUCAUUUGGUGAAGUUCUAUGAAAUAGCCGGUUCACUUGGUGCUCCUGAAGCGGAGGAGGAAGCGGUGUUCAUGAGAAUGUUUCCACAUUCAUUGAUAGGAAAGGCCAAAGAUUGGUACCUUGAUUUACCAGCUCAAGUCAUGACAAAUUGGAAUACCUUGGAAGAGAAGUUUCUUGAUCGGUUCUUUCCACAUCAUAAAUUCAUGGAGUCAAAGACAUCAAUUGCGGUGUUUUCUCAAGGCUCCAAUGAGACUCUAUGUGAAGCAUGGGAUCGAUACAAAGCAAUGCUGCGUAAAUGCCCUAAUCAUGGAUUUGAUGAACUAACCCAAAUUCAUAUUUUUAGAAAUGGUCUUUUGCAGGAUUCAAAGCUCCUUUUAGAUGCAACAGCAGGUGGUUCUCUCUUAUCAUUGAGUGCUGCAGAUGCUACGACUAUCAUUGAGAAAAUGUCACUCAGUGAUCGACAAAGUGAACGCAGCAAAACUCAAAGGAAGCCUGGGAUUCUUGAACUUGAUCCGUCAGAUGCUGUAUUGGCUCAAAAUAAACUUCUUACCAACACAGUGGAGGAGUUAUCCAAACAAAUGUCAAAAUUGAUGACUUUUCAAGAAGGAUCGGGGAAAGCAAAGCAAGUAGCAUCAUGUGAAUUAUGCACCGGAAAUCAUCCAACUGGUCAUUGUCCUCCAUCUCAUGAAGAGGUGAACUUCAUGGCAAAUCAACAAAGACAAAGUCAGUAUCCGAAUAAUGCUGGCUAUCAAAGGGGAAACAACUCAAACUAUGGUCAAGGUUGGAAACAAGAUGGUGGCUCAGCAAAUAGGCAAAGACAAUAUGAAAGCUACAGUCAACCACCGGUACAACAAACUCAAAAUUCAAAUUUGGAAGAAGCUUUGAGAUCAUUCAUAGAGAUGCAGACCAAACAGAAUCAACAACAAAAUGUGAUGAAUCAACAACAAAAUCAGUUUGUGCAAGAAACUCAAGUCUACCAAAGAGGCAAUGAUGCGGUGUUAAGAAAUCUCGAGACUCAGAUUGGUCAAAUAGCAAAAGAAAUGGCCAAUAACAAAAAUCAAGGAGGAUCAUUUGCAGCCAACACCGAACCGAAUCCAAAAGAACAAUGCAAGUCAAUUACAACAAGAAGCGGUAAGGAAGUUGGCAAGGGAAUAGGUGAUAAUUUGAGGAAGGAAGAGGAGGUUAUGAGACGAGCAGAUGAAGAGGAGGAAGGAGAAAAGAAGGGAGAGAAGGAGGUUGAAGUGAGAAAAGAAAAGAAUAGUUUACCUCAACAUCUGCCAUAUCCACAUGCUCCAUCAAAGAAGGAUAAAGAAAGGCAGUAUGCAAGGUUUAUGGAUAUCUUUAAAAGAUUGCAAAUCAACAUUCCAUUUUCCGAAGCCUUGGAGCAGAUGCCAACAUAUGCAAAAUUCAUGAAAGAAAUCCUUACCAAGAAGAGAAGGUACAAUGAUGAUGAAGUUAUUCAACUUGAUGCAAGCUGUAGUGCCAUUAUUCAACGAACUCUUCCGACUAAAGAAAAAGAUCCGGGGAGAGUCACGUUGCCGGUUACCAUUGGUAAUGUGAAUGUUGGAAAAGCCCUUAUUGAUUUAGGGUCAAGCAUCAAUCUUAUUCCUUUAUCGGUGAUUAAACGGGUUGGUGGUCUUGACAUCACACGUACAAGAAUGACAUUGCAACUUGCUGAUAAAUCCAUCACUCGUCCGUCGGGAAUGGCUGAAGAUGUUCUUGUAAAAGUUGAUAAGUUUAUGUUCCCUAUAGACUUUGUGGUGAUGGACAUUGAAGAGGAUGAUGAUGUUCCGUUAAUUCUUGGAAGGCCAUUCAUGAAAACAGCUCGUAUGAUGAUUGAUAUUGAUGACGGGGUGAUGAAAGUUCGAGUUCAAGAUGAGGAGGUUAGUUUUAAUUUGUGGGAAGCUAUGAAGCAUCCACAUGAGAAAGAUAUGUGCUUCAAACUUGAUGCAACGGAAGAAGCCAUAUUAGAUGUGAGGAAACAAGCACAUCAACCUUCAUCACUCGAACAAGCCCUAACUGAAAGUUUUGAAGCACUUGAUCCUGAGAAAGAAGAAGAAGUUGAGAGUUUUCUGAAGCAGCUGGAUGCUUUGAAGGAAGUAACUCCUUUAGAAGCAAAGAUUGAGGAGCUUAAGAAUGAAGAAAGACCGGGUGAAGUGAAGCUUGAGUUGAAAACAUUACCAUCUCAUCUCAAGUAUGCAUUCCUUGAAGAAGAAGAAAAGAAGCCGGUGAUCAUCAGCAACUCAUUGUCAGCUGAUGAAGAAAAAAGCUUGAUUCAAAUUCUGAAAGAAAACAAAGAAGCAAUCGGGUGGUCUUUAUCCGAUCUCAAAGGUAUUAGUCCAUCUUAUUGUAUGCAUAAUAUUAUGAUGGAAGAUGAUUACAAACCUGUUGCUCAGCCUCAACGUCGAUUGAAUCCAACAAUGAAGGAGGUUGUAAGAAAAGAAGUGGUAAAGUUACUUGAAGCUGGUAUGAUCUAUCCGAUUUCCGACAGUACUUGGGUUAGUCCAGUCCAGGUGGUUCCAAAGAAAGGAGGGAUGACAGUGAUUGCGAAUGACAAAAAUGAAUUAAUUCCAUCAAGAACCGUCACCGGGUGGCGGAUGUGUAUAGAUUACCGGAGACUCAACAAAGCAACCAGAAAAGAUCAUUUUCCAUUACCAUUUAUGGAUCAAAUGCUUGAGAGAUUAUCCGGUCAGAAGUUCUAUUGCUUUCUAGAUGGAUAUUCGGGGUACAAUCAGAUUUCAGUCAACCCCGAAGAUCAUGAAAAAACAGCUUUCACAUGUCCUUUCGGUGUUUUUGCUUAUAGAAGAAUGCCUUUCGGAUUGUGCAAUGCACCGGCAACAUUUCAACGGUGUAUGCAAGCAAUUUUUUCUGACUUGAUAGAGAAAUGCAUCGAAGUGUUCAUGGAUGAUUUCUCCGUGUUCGGUCCGUCAUUCCAACAUUGCUUGAAGAAUUUGGACACCGUACUGAAGCGGUGUGUUGAAACGAAUCUGGUUCUUAAUUGGGAGAAGUGUCAUUUCAUGGUGACCGAAGGCAUUGUUCUUGGUCACAAGAUCUCUUCCAGAGGUAUUGAGGUGGAUAGAGCAAAGGUGGAGGUCAUUGAAAAGCUUCCUCCUCCGGUAAAUGUCAAAGGAAUCAGAAGUUUUCUAGGUCAUGCCGGUUUCUACCGAAGAUUCAUCAAGGAUUUCUCAAAAAUUGCCAAACCAUUAAGCAAUUUGCUUAAUAAAGGUACGUCUUUUACAUUUGAUGAUGAAUGUUUAAUUGCUUUUACUGAAUUGAAAGAAAGAUUGGUGACUGCACCCAUAAUCAUAGCACCCGAUUGGAAACUCGAAUUUGAAUUGAUGUGUGAUGCUAGUGAUUAUGCAGUUGGUGCAGUCCUUGGACAAAGAAAGAACAAAAUUUUUCAUGCUAUACACUAUGCAAGCAAAGUAUUAAAUGAUGCACAAGUUAACUAUGCAACAACCGAGAAAGAAUUGCUUGCUAUAGUGUAUGCAUUUGAGAAAUUUCGUUCUUAUUUGAUUGGUUCAAAAAUUGUUGUGUAUACUGACCAUGCAGCUAUCAAGUAUCUGAUUACAAAAGCUGAUUCUAAGCCGAGACUCAUUCGGUGGAUGCUUUUAUUACAAGAGUUUGAUCUUGAGAUAAAAGAUAAAAAGGGAACAGAAAACUUGGUAGCUGAUCACUUAUCAAGACUUGUAAACAAUGAGGUGACCAAACAUGAACGUGAGGUUCUUGAAGAAUUCCCCGAUGAAAAACUGCUUAUGGUGCAAGAAAGGCCAUGGUUUGCUGAUAUGGCUAAUUUCAAAGCAUCCGGAUUAAUACCGGAUGAUUUCAAUUGGCACCAAAAGAAAAAGUUCCUCCGUGAAGCAAAUCAAUAUGUUUGGGAUGAUCCUUAUCUGUUUAAAAUUGGAGCUGACAACCUGUUGAGGAGAUGUGUUACCAAAGAGGAAGCCACAAGCAUCAUGUGGCAUUGUCAUAACUCACCAUAUGGAGGUCACUAUAAUGGAGAAAGAACAGCAGCAAAAAUUUUGCAGUCAGGAUUCUUUUGGCCGAGUUUGUUCAAAGACACUUAUGAACAUGCUCGGAGAUGUGAUAACUGUCAAAGAAUUGGUGGAAUUUCAAGGCGCAAUGAAAUGCCACUUCAAAACAUGCAUGUUGUUGAAGUAUUUGAUUGCUGGGGUAUUGAUUUCGUUGGCCCUUUUCCAUCAUCAUUUUCAAAUGAAUACAUUCUUGUGGCAGUAGAUUAUGUGUCUAAAUGGGUGGAAGCAAUUGCGUCACCAAAAGCCGAUGGCAAAACGGUGAUAAAAUUUCUAAAAAGAAACAUUUUCACUCGUUUUGGAACUCCUCGUGUGCUUAUUAGUGAUGGAGGGUCACAUUUUUGCAAUUCUCAACUAGCCAAAGCACUUGAGCAUUAUGGAGUCAAGCACAAAGUAGCAUCGCCAUACCAUCCUCAGACCAACGGACAAGCAGAAGUUUCGAAUCGUGAAAUAAAGAAAAUUCUGGAAAAAACUGUGUCCGCAUCAAGAAAAGAUUGGUCAUUAAAGUUAGACGAGGCAUUAUGGGCAUAUCGAACUGCUUUCAAAGCACCAAUAGGCCUUACACCUUUUCAGAUGGUAUAUGGUAAGGCAUGUCAUCUUCCGGUCGAGCUUGAACAUAAAGCCUAUUGGGCUUUGAAAUUUUUGAAUUUUGAGGAAAGCCAAGCCGGAGAGCAAAGAAAAGUUCAGCUUCAACAGUUGGAUGAAUUGAGAUGCCAAGCUUAUGAAUCUUCUAAGCUGUACAAAGAGAAGGUCAAAAGCUAUCAUGAUAAACGGCUUGUCAACAAAGAAUUCAGGCCAGGCCAAAUGGUUUUGCUUUUCAACUCAAGAUUGAAGUUAUUUCCGGGAAAGCUUAAAUCCAAAUGGUCCGGUCCUUUCAAAAUCCGUGAAGUGAAACCAUAUGGUGCAGUUGUAUUGGAAGAUCCAGCUACCAAUGACACAUGGACUGUGAAUGGUCAAAGAUUGAAGCUCUAUUUUGGUGGUGAAUUUGAUCGUGGCACUACCAAAAUCCCACUUUCCGAUCCUUGAAGCUCCAAAAAGAACGUCGAGCUAAUGACGUAAAACAAGCGCUUGUUGGGAGGCAACCCAAUUUUGUAAGUAUUUAUGAGUUUUAGCAUGCAUUAAACACUUUUGUUAUGAAGGAAGCAAGUUGGCCAGACACAGCAGGCCAAUUAUGCAGAAAAUUUUUUCUGGUGUGUAUUCGCUAAGCGAAUAAUCCAUUCGCUAAGCGAACAGUGCGAAAUCUGCAGUUUUAUAAUUAAGUGACAGCUGGCCAUUUUUGGCCACCUCACAUGCCACCUCACACCCCACUUCCACAAAAUCAGAGGGGAGUACGAAUCUCCCCCUUUUCAACCCUAAUUCCACUUUUCUAAACUCCCUCUUCUCACAAAAUUCUCAAAACCACCAUCUCCAUCCUUCACCAUCUCAAAUCUAAGACAACACCCACUACCCCAUUCAUUUCUACUUUCAGUUUGUGCAUCUCCAUCACUCAGGUAUGCAGAAUUUUAACUUCAAUUUUCAAUUUUUAUCAUUUUUGUUCAUAGUGAAAGAUGCAUGAUAUUAUGGGUAGAAAGAUGCAUAAUUGUAUAGAUAGUUUGAAAAUUUUGAUGAAAUUGUGGGUAGCCAUGUAUGUUCUUCAAUAAAUUAGGGUACACAAAUUUAAAUCUCUUCAUGUUGCAAUUCUUCUUGACAAAAUUGUGAACAAUUGUGAAUAAAUAAGUUGCUUUUGAAUUUCUUUUUUGUAAAUUUGUUCACACAUGCUACAAAUUUGUUUCAAGAAAUUGAAAUUUUAAACCCUAAAUUUAAACUCUCUGUGUGUGUAUAGUUGUUGUCUGCUAAAGUGCAUCUUGCAAAACCCUUGUGUUAAUUGUUACUUCAUAACCGGAAAUUUUCGCUAACAAUUUGCGACAGGAACUUUCAAAAGUUGACAUUCAUGCUCUGUAAUAUAAAUUAUCUAAUUAUCUGAGCAAAAGACUUAUGUGGUUUUUCGAAGUAAUUUCAGGAAUGGCACCAAAACGACCCGCAGCUAGCACCGGAAAGAAGCAAAAGACUGGGGCAAGUUCAUCGCACACAGCCUUUGACCCCAGCAGGUUUCGUGGACCGGAGCAAUUUGAGCGGUACCAAAUACUUGAAAAGAAAAAGAUUUGGAAUGAAAGGAAAUUCGAGAUUUUUGAGCAUGGCAGCUAUGAGAGGUUUGCAACAAUCAUCAAUGAUAGGCGUUGGGGUAGAAUUAUUGACCCACCAAAAUAUUUCAAUACUACCUUUGUGAGAGAAUUUUAUGCAAAUGCUUACCCAUCUGAGGGUGAGCCAUUCUCUUUUACCACUAUGGUACGCGGAAAAACCAUCCGUUUUGACCGCAAUGCCAUCAAUGAGUAUCUUGGCAACCCUUUCACCCUACCCGCCCAUGAAACCUUGUGUGAUUUUCAGAAGCAAAGAGCCCGCAAGACUUGGGACAUUGACACCAUGCGAAGAAAACUUCUUAGGCCUAACCAUGACUUCGUAUAUGGCACAACCAACAGACCUUUGAGGGCCCUUAGAGAUGAUAUGCGCACCUUCACCCUACUCCUUUUCCUACUUGUUUUAUAUAACAUCCAACCUAAUUCUCACACUUCUGAUGCUGUCAUGAAUAUACUUGGCCUCAUUCAUUACAUAAAUGAAGGCCUUGAAGUGGAUUUGGCCGGUAUCAUCUCUGGUUGGAUGAAAGAGAUUACCUUGUGUGGCCACCCUGACAAAAACCUCAAGUCCACUGCUGUGAGAUCCGACAGUCCUUUGGGUUUCCCGUGCUUAAUUAUGGGAUUGUGUACAGCUAAUAGGAUACACAUUCCUGAAAUUGGACGUGAGGAGAUUGGGAAGAUUGAUGAUGAUUAUGUGGAUCGGUACUGCAAACCGAAGAAGAGAAGAGCUGCACAACAACCACCACCACCCCCACCACCCCAGGCCUCCACCUCUGCUGUUCAUGAUCAGAAUUUUUAUAACCAUUUUACUUAUUUGUAUGAUCAGAAUGAUGCAGGGUAUAGAGCCAUGAGUGCAAUGCAGCAAUCUUUCUAUAAUCAGCACACCGGGCAGUCGGUGAUGACACCACAAGAUUUCAAAGCCUAUGUUGCAUGGCCUGAGGUCAGGCCUACUUUUCUCGGAGGGGGUAAUGCAGCAGAUGCUGAAGCUGCUAAUGAAGGAGACAAUGCAAGUGAAGGAGAAGCUGGUUCUGAUGCAUCUAUGCAAGAAGGAGAUGAAAGUGAUGCUGGCUCCGAAUCUGGUUCGGAGGCCGGUUCUGAAUCCGAGUGAAGAAAGCAAGGAGAUGGCUGAAAAGCACGCCAAAAUGAGUGAACUUUAAAAGCUUUCAGUCAUUUAAUGUUUAAGUUUUAGUAGUUUAUCUUUUGUAUUGACUAUGUGGAACAUGUGGAAGUAUGAAUGUGUGUCACUUGUUUUGUGUUUUGUUGUGAACAUAUGAUGAAUGUUUGAAGUUUAAUGCAUGAUAAUUAGUAAUUUAAUAUAGUAGUAUGGUAGUCUAGUAAUGUGAAAUAUUGUGAUUAGCAUUUUGAAGAACAAGCUCACAUAUGUUUGAAAUUGAAAGAUAGGUUUGUGAUAAAUCAAUGUGUUGAGCAUGAUAGUUGAUUUGUAGAGAUAUAUGUCAAUCUUCUUUGAUUAGUGUUCAAAAUAGGCUUAGAAACUUAACAUGUUUUUGAAAUGUGUUACUUGUCCUAAGAUGAUUCUCACUAUUUUUGUUGAACAUGAUUGAAACUUGUGUUAUCCAAUCUAGCUGGGUGAGAAUGUGUGAACUUUCCAUUGUUUACAUAAAUAUGAGAGUGCCGGCAAUUGUGUAUGCUCAUUUGAUUUUAGCUUAAUCUUGCUGUCACUAAUGUGUUUGAUGUUGUGGAUAUGAUCAAGGCCUUGUUUCUUUUUGAGUGAUAACCACUUAGCCAAAUUUAACCUACCCUGUGAGAUAGUGAUCUUUUGUGUCCCCAUUUGAGCCUUAAAAAUUGAAAUUUGUUUGUUUUAUAAACCCUGAAACCGAAAGAAAAGAAAAACAACUACUCUACCCUUGUCUUAGGAUAGGAGAGCAAGUGUAUUUUUAUAAGGGUUAUUUGAUAAGAUUCAAGUUGGGGAGAAGUAGGUUGAAAAAUAGAUAAAUAAAUUGGUUGAAAAAGGUAGUGUUGUGGUGAUUGAAAAAGAAAAGAAAAUAUGUGAAAAAAUAAAAGAGUUGCUUGACACAAUUGAAAGUCAAAAGGAAAUGAGAAAAGAAAACAAAAUUUUGUGAAAAGUGUCAAAACAAAAGAAUCACCACAAAUGGAAAUAGGGGGAAAAAGAAAGGGAGUGAAUGAAUCAUGAGAUGAAUUUUGCAGAUUUUGUGCUCUCUUAUCCUUGAGGCUUUUUGAAUCCAUAGAAAAACAAUGAAUUUUUGUAGCCCAGCCCCAUUACAAGCUUGAUAAAGUCCUUAGUGAUCCACAACUGAUAGCAUGUUUUGUGAUUUUGCUUGGAUAAAUGUUUGAAUUGAAUUGUUGCAUGCACAUUGCUUGGAUUGAGUUAAACACUUACCCUUGAGAGAAAUAAUUGUGAGAAAUUUGAGAUAACACUUGAGUCUUGAUUGUUUGAUAAG